AUGUCCUGUCUGCAACCUCCUAGUGGUAGAAGUGACCACAACAGCAUCUCCUCUCGCCCCAAACUCACCCUCCAAACAACCUCGCUACCUCUCACCUUUGGCCGAUCCACAACUGGCCUGUCGCGCUCCUUCACUGCAACUGCGACUGCAUCGCCGACCGUCCGAAACACCUUCAAAAAUGCUUACGAUGCCACAUCCCCAUCUUCCACAGCCACUUCACCUACCAAGGCCUCCACCACCUCCGGCCUGCGAUUAAACACCACCACCACCACCACCACCACCACUGCCGUCCCUAUCGCCAAACCUAUUUCCCCCUUCAUUCAUCACACAAACCCCAACAACUCCCCGUACAGCUAUCGCAGCCCUUACAGCCUCCCACUUGGCGUGCGAAGCAUUCUCCGCAACUCCCCGCUCGAGGGAGCCUCACGACGGCGCUCAGGCUCCGUUUCCGCAGGCGCGGGUGGACCUGGCGGCGCAGGCGCACGCCGGGUCUUCUUCCCGCCAAGAAGCAAGUCAGCUUCCGACACAUCCUCGAAGAAGAGAUUCGCACGGAGCGAUACACGGCGCAACACCUGGAUCUCGUUCGGGAAGAGGCAUACGGACGAAGGAAGCGCUGACGAAAUCGGCGACCGAACAUCUCUGUCCAAGGAAGAGCGCAAGAAACGCCGCACGCUGCGCAUUGAGCGACAGGUUCGCGCUGUGGCGCUGCUGGAUGGUCUCGAGGCUACCCCGUACUCUCCGACGCCGCAGACGCCGCGACAAAAUCGGGUGAAACGGCGCCGUGAGUGGAAGUGGACUCUCGAUCCUAUCGAGGGGAGUCCGGAUAGUGCGCAGUCUGAGCUGCCACAGUCAAUACCAUACGAUCAACCUGCAUGCAUUUUGGCAGACCCGCGGCCGGAAUCGAAAUAUCUAUCGCAAUGA